AUGGCCAGUCUAGUUCAAACCAAGGAAGGACGUAAACUCUUAAGGUACGUAAAAGAGAGAAAAGGUAGGGCUACCGAACGGUACCUUUGUUUGGUUUCUGGAAGUGAACGCGGACUGCUUCAGAUCGUCUGGACGCAAAUCGCCACUCCUACCGGUAACACUCACCGGAAAUCGCCUGGUUACCGUUGGCUCUCGUCGGAAAUCGCUUUUCCUACCGUUGGUACUCGUCGGAAAUCGCCUCGGACAGAGCUCUCACUUCUCACAAGAUGCAAAGUGAAUUCGCCACCGGGGUCACCCCUAUUUAUAGUGGGGAGUUCGACAACGGUAUCCCUCGAAAAAACCAAACGGCGCAUUAAUGCGCCGCGCGCCAUCAUUAUUUCCGCCACGUGUCGCUCACCCAAUGGAGAACUGACGGCACGCGAGGCGCGGAAGUCGAAGCGCUCAGACGUUUCUUCGCCCGUCAGAUCGACGCGACCUUCUGACUUCACCAACGCCAGCCUCUGA